AUGUCGACCCUCGCAACCCUCCGCGGCCUAAGGCCAUGCCUCCCCUCCACAACAAUGCUCUCGACAGCAACCCGCGCCUUCACAACAACACCCGCCCCGGCCGCGCGCAAAGCCUCCGCGGUCCAGACCCCAGACUACCUCUCCAAGGUGCAAAACAUCAAGCAGCACCUCUUCGCCCGCGCGCCGCCGCCCCUGCGCAUGGCGCGCAACAGACACCUGCGCCACUGGACCAUCCACCGCGCCUGGCUCCUCCUGCAGCGCCAGCAGCGCGAGGCCCGCGAGAAGGAGCUGUACCGCAUGCACCAGAGCAUGUACAACGCCAACGAGGAGCUCCGCACGACCUCGGGCCCCGGAACCAGAGACGAGGGGUGGCUGUACCGUGUCGCGCAGGAGAAGAAGGGCGUCUACGGACCCGGUGCGGUGCCGAUCGAGUACGCGCGUUAUCAGACCGAGACGCCUGCCAGACAGGCUUGGAACCACGACUGGAAGCGAUAG